CUCUCUUCCUUAGGGAUGGCCUCUCCCGUGCUUUCUCUUGGCAAUGAAGCAUCUACAAGAACAAAGAUCGGAGAACAACUUUCUCAUAUAGAUCGAAGCGUAGAUCAAAGAGCACCUUCGCAGAUCGAGCUCAUUGCUCGCUGCUGGUUUAGAUCACCAUUCAACCAUAAUUCUCUUCUUCUUCGGUUUAGAUCUAGCGAAGCUUCAGUGGUUACCAUAGGGGUUUCUACGUUACCAGAGAUAUGGGGUGGUACAUUUUCUCCUACUCAAAUCUGGGCUCAGCUUCCAUUUCUGGGUCUCCCUGUAAGUAUUUCUAUAUAGAUAUAUAUUUAUAUAUAUAUAUAAAUUUUCACAAGAAUUAAAUUGAAUGCAGAAUCAUUGUACUAAUCUUGGACACCCUUUGGGCACAGAUCUCCAAUUUGUACAAGAUUGCAUUUUGUUUGAGUGUGAA